AUGAGUUUGAGCUUUCCUUCUUCCUUAUUUGUUGUGUUUCAAAAACAACACUUGAAAAUUUCUUACAUACAUCACGGAUUCUUUUUUAUUCUUCCUCUUUGUCCUCUUCUCUUCCUCGGGCCACUUUUGUCUCUUUUUUAUUUCUUCUUUUUUGUUCUACUCGGGUGUUUCUCUUUUAUUCUACUUGUGUAUCACAUCUUCUCUAAUUUUCUUGUUUUUCUUUCUUGUUUCAGUUACUAUGCUAUUCUGUUGUGUUCUACUUGUUUAUUCUGCACAGUCUAUUCUAUUUACCUUAUAAUGUCUACUUUGAAAAACUUAAUAUAUGAAUUCCAGUUUCCUCCAUCCACCACAGCCAACACUGCACCGGUGGUCGUGCAGAAGAAUAUUAUAAAUAAUUCAAAAAUCAAAUUACUUUUGAGGUGA